UCUCUCUCUCCACCCUCACCGUCGCCGGAAACCUCCUCCCUCCCCUCUCCGAUACCCCGACCGCUUAAUCUCCGGCUCAUCUCAGCCGCCCACCCCCGAUUACAAUCCGACCUGUAAUCCGAACCGUUAAACCGAAUUCAAAACAUUCACAACCUUUUCUCGCUCCGGCGGCCAUUUCCCGGCGAGUCCACGUGGAAAAGGGGCAGUGAUUGUUUAAAUGCUUCAAUAGAAGUUCCAUGUGAAGGGAUGGCGUUUUUCAGGAACUACUCUAGUGAAACAGUUUCGCAAAGUUUCCUGGAUGACCAGAGCCAGCGACCACAGGAUGACAGAACUCACAGGUCCUCAGGGAAUGUGGAUGCACAUGUAAUGUCUUAUGAUAAGGAAUUUGAUAUGAAUUUGGAUGUGAAGUAUCAAAGUGAAGACGAACAAGAUGGUCCUAGUGGACUGCAAAAUGAGGCAGCUGCUGAUGAGGGUACUGGUCCAGGAGUGUCCAAUUCCAAGUCAUCUGGGAGGAGGACGAAUGUGGCUGGAAAAUGGGGUUCAACCUUUUGGAAGGAUUGUCAACCUAUGUGCCCACAGGGUGGAUCUGAUUCAGGACAGGACACUAAAAGUGGGUCUGAGUACAGAAACGCUGUUGGAUCUGAAGAUAAUUCUUCAGAUGUCAGGGAAGAUAGAUUAGAUUCUGAAGAUGAUGCCGGACCUAAAGUACGAAAGGGACAGCGGGGACAUUCUGAUAUACCUGCAGAUGAAAUGUUGUCUGAUGAAUAUUAUGAGCAGGAUGGGGAAGAACAGAGUGACUCGAUGCAUUAUAGAGGGUUUCAUCAUUCAGUUGGAUCCACUUCCAGACUACAAGCAAAGCCAGCCCCUAUCACCAAUCAUAGGACUUCUAGACUUUCAAAUAAUAAUGGAAAUUAUGUUGACGGCGAAGAUGACAAUGAAAAUAUUGAUGGUGCUGAUGCUGAUUACGAAGAAGAGGAUGAAGAUGAAGAUGAUCCUGAUGAUGCAGAUUUUGAACCUGAUUAUGGUGUUGCGAGUGGUCAAGCUGCAAAGAAGGAUAAAGAUUGGAAUGAUCAAGAUUCAGAUGAAGAUAAUGACAGUGAUGAUGAACUUGACGUCUCAGAUGACGAUAAUUCUUUUUAUGCGAAGAAUUCAAAGGGUAGGCAUCGUAGUAAAGGUGCACAUACUGUAAAACUUAAAAGAGAACGCAAAUCAUACAUUGGAUCUAGUCGACAAAGGAGAAGAAAAUCAUCAUUUGAUGAUGAUGAGUCCUCAGCAGACGACUCUGAGAGUGACAGUGAUGAGGGUUUCAAAAGCACAAGAAGAAAAGGUGCACAUAUCCGCAAAAGUAAUGGGCGGACAACGAAUGUCUCUGGGCGAAAUGGUGAAGUACGAGCUUCCACUAGGUCUGUUCGGAAGGUAUCAUAUGUUGAAAGUGAAGGAAGUGAUGAAGCUGAUGAAGGCAAGAAAAAGAAGUCGCAAAAGGAGGAUAUUGAGGAGGAGGAUGGUGACUAUAUUGAAAAGGUGCUCUGGCAUCAACCAAAGGGCAUGGCUGAAGAUGCUAUCAGGAAUAAUAGAUCCGCAGAGCCUCUGCUGUUAAGUCACUUGUUUGACUCUGAGCCAGAUUGGUGUAAUACAGAAUUUUUGAUCAAAUGGAAGGGCUUAUCACAUUUGCACUGCCAGUGGAAAAUAUUUUCUGAGCUACAAAGUCUUAGCGGUUUCAAGAAGGUUGUAAACUAUACUAAAAAGGUGACGGAAGAUGCCAGGUACAGGAAGACCAUCUCACGUGAAGAGAUUGAGGUCCAUGACGUGAGCAAGGAAAUGGACUUAGAUCUUAUCAAGCAAAACAGUCAGGUGGAGAGAAUAAUUGCAGACCGCAUCAAGCAAGAUAGCUCAGGUGAUGUAGUACCAGAGUAUCUUGUCAAGUGGCAGGGAUUGUCUUAUGCUGAAGCGACAUGGGAGAAGGAUGUCGAUAUUGCAUUUGCACAAGAUGCUAUUGAUGAGUUCAAGGCUCGUGAGGCUGCAAUGGCUGUACAAGGGAAAAUGGUGGAUCUCCAACGAAAGAAAAGCAAAGGAAGUCUAAGGAAGCUGGAUGAACAGCCUGAAUGGUUGAAAGGAGGAAAGCUUCGUGAUUAUCAGCUUGAGGGUUUGAAUUUUCUUGUUAAUAGUUGGAGAAAUGAUACCAACGUCAUUUUAGCUGAUGAAAUGGGUCUUGGAAAAACUGUUCAAUCAGUUUCGAUGCUUGGUUUUUUACAGAACGCUCAACAGAUCCAUGGGCCAUUUCUUGUUGUUGUACCAUUAUCUACUCUGUCAAAUUGGGCAAAAGAGUUUAGGAAAUGGCUCCCUGAUAUGAAUGUUAUAGUGUAUGUUGGUACCCGUGCAAGCCGAGAGGUUUGUCAGCAGUAUGAAUUCCAUAACGAGAAAAUAAUUGGCCGGCCUAUAAAAUUUAAUGCACUGUUGACAACGUAUGAAGUGGUUUUAAAGGACAAGGCUGUUCUUUCCAAGAUCAAGUGGAAUUAUCUGAUGGUUGAUGAAGCUCAUAGGCUAAAGAACAGUGAGGCUCAGCUGUACACCACUCUCUUGGAAUUUAGCACAAAAAACAAGUUGCUUAUAACCGGAACUCCAUUGCAGAACAGUGUGGAAGAGUUAUGGGCCCUGCUUCACUUCCUCGACCCCCACAAGUUCAAUAACAAAGAUGAAUUUGUUCAGAACUACAAGAAUCUCAGUUCGUUUAAUGAGAUUGAGCUUGCUAAUCUUCACAUGGAAUUGAGGCCUCACAUUCUCCGAAGAGUUAUUAAGGACGUUGAAAAGUCUUUACCUCCAAAAAUUGAACGAAUUCUUAGGGUUGAAAUGUCUCCUCUUCAGAAACAGUAUUACAAGUGGAUUUUGGAGCGCAACUUCCAUAACUUGAACAAAGGAGUUCGUGGGAAUCAGGUUUCAUUGUUGAAUAUUGUAGUAGAGUUGAAGAAAUGCUGUAAUCAUCCCUUCCUUUUUGAAAGUGCUGACCAUGGCUAUGGCGGAGACUCAAGCAGCAAAGAUGGCAGUAAAUUGGAGAGAAUUAUUUUAAGCAGUGGGAAGUUGGUUAUACUUGAUAAGCUUCUUGUUAGAUUACAUGAGACGAAGCACCGUGUUCUCAUCUUUUCCCAGAUGGUAAGAAUGUUGGACAUACUAGCUGAGUAUAUGUCGCAUAGAGGUUUUCAAUUUCAGCGACUUGAUGGAAGUACGAAGGCUGAUUUACGGCACCAGGCUAUGGAACAUUUCAAUGCACCUGGUAGUGAAGAUUUUUGCUUCCUUCUUUCAACACGAGCAGGUGGCUUAGGAAUCAACCUUGCCACGGCGGACACGGUUAUAAUUUUUGAUUCAGAUUGGAAUCCUCAAAAUGACUUGCAGGCAAUGAGUAGGGCUCACAGAAUUGGGCAACAGGAAGUGGUCAACAUCUAUAGAUUUGUAACAAGCAAGAGUGUUGAGGAAGAUAUCCUGGAGAGAGCUAAGAAAAAGAUGGUGCUUGACCAUUUGGUGAUUCAAAAGUUAAAUGCAGAGGGAAGAUUGGAGAAGAAAGAAACCAAAAAGGGAAGUUUGUUUGAUAAAAACGAGCUCUCUGCUAUCUUAAGAUUUGGGGCUGAGGAACUGUUUAAGGAAGAGAAAAAUGAAGAAGAAAGCAAGAAAAGACUAUUGAGUAUGGAUAUUGAUGAGAUUCUUGAGAGGGCAGAGAAGGUUGAAGAGAAGGAAACUACGGAGGAUGGACAUGAAUUGCUGAGUGCUUUUAAGGUUGCAAAUUUUGGUUCUGCCGAAGAUGAUGGAAGUUUUUGGAGUCGUUGGAUAAAGCCAGAUGCAGUAUCCCAAGCCGAGGAAGCUCUUGCUCCUCGCGCUACGAGGAAUACCAAGAGCUAUGCAGAAGCUGCUCAGCCUGAUAGGAGUAAUAAAAGGAAAAAAAAAGAAUCUGAGCCUCAGGAAAGAGUCCAGAAAAGGCGCAAACCAGAUCAUUCAGUUCCAUCAGCACCAAUGAUCGACGGAGCGUCUGCUCAAGUAAGAGGAUGGUCAUUUGGAAAUGUGUCUAAACGAGAUGCAUUGCGGUUUUCCCGUGCGGUUAUGAAGUUUGGAAAUGAGAGCCAAAUUGGCUUGAUUGUUGAGGAGGUCGGUGGUGCAAUUGCAGCAGCUUCACCUGAAGCCCAGGUUGAGCUUUUCAAUGCCUUGAUUGAUGGUUGCAGGGAAGCAGUGGAAGUGGGGAGUUUGGACCAGAAGGGACCCUUGCUUGAUUUCUUUGGUGUCCCUGUGAAGGCUAGUGAUCUGGUCAACCGUGUUCAAGAACUUCAGCUCCUAGCGAAGCGCAUUAUACGAUAUGAAGAUCCCAUUGGCCAGUUCCGUGUGCUGAUGUACCUCAAACCUUCAAACUGGUCAAAAGGUUGUGGCUGGAAUCAGAUUGACGAUGCUAGGUUACUUCUCGGAAUAUACUACCAUGGGUUUGGCAAUUGGGAAAAGAUACGAUUAGAUGAAAGGCUUGGCCUUAUGAAGAAGAUUGCUCCUGUAGAACUUCAGCACCAUGAAACUUUCUUACCCCGUGCGCCAAAUUUGAGAGAUCGUGCUAAUGCUCUUUUGGAAAUGGAACUUGCAGCUCUUGGGGGAAAGAAUGCAAAUGCUAAAGUUGGUCGUAAAGCUUCCAAAGAGAGGGAAAAUCCUGUCCCUGUUCCUGUGUCUCGCACUGGGGUCAAGAAAGGAAAAGUAGGUCCUUCUAGAGCUAAUGUCCAAAUGAUCAAGGACAAACCUCUGAAACCCCAGAGAGUUGAACCUUUAGUAAAAGAAGAGGGUGAAAUGUCUGAUGAUGAAGAAGUAUAUGAGAAGUUUAAGGAAGAGAAAUGGAUGGAAUGGUGUGAAGAGAUGAUGGCUAGUGAAAUUAAAACUCUCAACCGUCUCCAUCGGUUGCAGACGACUAGCGCCAAUCUUCCAAAGGAGAAGGUGCUUUCAAAAAUUCGCAAUUAUUUACAGCUUCUUGGACGAAGGAUAGAUCAAAUUGUUCUGGACAAUGAGGAGGAACCAUAUGGACAGGAUAGGAUGACCACGCGUUUGUGGAACUUUGUUUCUACGUUUUCGAACCUAUCUGGAGAGCGACUUCACCAAAUAUAUUCGAAACUUAAACAGGAGCAGGAUGAGGAAGCUGGUCCUUCCCACAUCAAUGGCUCUGCAUCCGGCCCUUUUGGCAGAGAUAGUGACCCUACUUCCUUCUCCCAUCUUUCUGAGAGGCAAAGAGGGUAUAAAAGUAUUAAUAACCAAACAUUUGAACCUCUGAAGGGUUUCGAUACAGCUAAAUUUGAAGCAUGGAAACGAAGGAGAAGAGGGGAGACCGAUAGUCCAUCUCAAAGACCUUUAAUUAAUGGCUCUCGGCCCACUGAUCCAAACUCGGUGGGGAUACUUGGUGCCGGACCAUCUGAAAACAGACGCUCUCUUAAUGAAAAGCAUUAUAAGACUCGUCAAACCGGUGUACCACCAAGAUAGGGUUUUAGAUCAAGUCUGAAAGUCUUACAAUGUGGUAGAAAUACGGCUGAUCAAAAGGUCAAGGCAACCGGCUGUCACCUAUGACAUAUUCUCUGGAAUUUUUUUUCAACCAUGAGAAUAAAUUUUUGGAGUUACUAUUUGGCUAUCUGAGAUGAUCAGAACAGGUUACCUGCCAAAGGGGAUAUUGCAUGAUCAAACUAGAGGUGGCGGAGGAAAAUAGGCCAAGGAUUGCCUCUCAUUUGCAAGGCUCGUUGAAGAGUAGUGCUCCAAAUUUUAUUUCCUCCCGAGUAUGAGUUCCGUUGGCAUAUGAUUAUGUAUAUAGAGCAGUUUCAUAAAAGGAAAAAGGAAAUGCUUCUGUGAGCUCUUCGGUAUAUACAUACAUACAUAAAGGAAGUACCGUAUGUUGUUUGUAUUCAGGAAAUUGUACAUUAUCAAUUUUGAAAUAAGUUUUGGUAUUACUUCACUCCCCAAGUCUGAGUAGGCAAUAUUUCUUUUUGGUCAAGUUGUUGGGGAGGCGAUUCAAACUCAUGUAUCUAUCUUUUAGUGUUAUAGGGAUUCAAAGUUUGAAUCUCCAGCUCAGGGCCAUAAUCUGUCGACAUGAAUGGUCUUGGUUUCUCGCUACUCGUCUACUUCUUUUCUUGGUUUCUUUAUUCAUUUAUUAGUUUCUAAUAGUUGCUGAGAUUGGGGUGUAGGAUAUGUGGGUUUUGCACCUAUUUCCUCGUUUGAUUUC